AGCAAUAAAAGAGCAAGGCACGUCAAGAGCCUUUGGCUAUCAAUCCAUCGAUCAGUUUUGUUCUGCCGAGAGGUUUCGCCGAGACAGCCGAUCGCUAGCUUCGCUAGUUGCAAGCUCGCCAGCUCUACGUACAGGAAUCAAUUAAGUUGCUUGCCUGCUAGCUAGCUUUGCACAUCAUACGUGUAUUAGCUCCUGGGAGUUUUGGUCUAGCGAUCAAAAGCCAAAAGCCAACAUUAUUUGUGCACUGACCGAGAAACGAACUUGCUGCCGCUGUUUGACAUUGCUGCAGUUAACUGAAGUUGGCAUUUGCUGAAUUUUUUCUCUGAACUUGUUGGGAGGACUGAUGUACUUGUUAACUGAAUUUUUUCUCUAAACUUGUUGGGAGGACUGAUGUACUUGUUAACUGAAUCUGACAUUUUAACAUGAUGUACUGAUUUGUUAUGAACUCUUUUACAUUGCAGGAGAUUUUGAUGGUCUGUUCAGUGUUGAGAUCCACCAUAGUGGUUUCUUUUGUGGCAGUGACAUAAACAGAACAUACAUGGACUAUGAGGUUGAUUGGUUUGACAAUUGUCAGACUGACACUUGGUCCUUACUCUAGAUUGAUGACUUUCUUCUGCAGCUGGGCUAUGAUAGACAAGCUUCAAAGAUUGAUGUUUACUGGUGUGAACGAAGAAAGACAGUUAGUGAUGGCCUGAAGCUCUUGACCUGUGAUGCCGACAUUGUUCUUAUGAUUUGUGCAACAUUAGAGCACAAGAACCUGCUGCUGAUAGUAGACCAUGGUGAUACCCUGCAGUCAUUAAACAAAGAUGAUGUUCUGACAAAUGGAGUGAAGGAUCCACCUAAGGUUAUUACUCCAAAGAGGCAUGGAAAAGAAAAUGCCAGUUAUACAGAGAAAGAGCAGAGUCCUAGAGAGAAAAUGUCAAGGACAACAAGGAGAUCUAUGUCAUUUGGAGAAGGAUGUAGCUCAAGGAAUGCUAUGGAGGAGGAGAAUAUUGAGGAUGUUAACAAUAGUGAAGAAGAGGGAAAUGAUGAGGAUGCAGGAUCAGAAACAGAUGAGGAGUUCUAUGAGAGUGACUAUGAAGUUGCAGAAGGUGAUGAUGAUUUGUUUGACGCAAAUGUAGACAAAGAUGUUGAUGAUCACAGAGAGAAGAACAUAUUGCCAGACUUUGAAGAAGAACUUCCAGAAGAUGCUUUGGAGGACAGCCACUUAAAUAUGUCGAAAGAAGAGAAAGAGAAGCUGAAGCACAAAUUCAGUACUUUCAACCCAACAACUGAUCUGAAUGCACCUGUGUUUAAGAUUGGGUUGGUGUUUGCAGAUAUGAAGGAAUUGAGGCAUGCUCUCACUGCAUACAGUGUAAGGAAUAGGGUGAAAGUGAACAAGCUCCGAAAUACUUCAGUAUCACUAGAGGCUGUAUGCAAGCCUGGUUGCACUUGGUACUUGAAGGCAGGUAAAGAUAACAGGUCAAGUAGCAUACAGAUCAAGAAGUAUGUUGACAAUCACACUUGCACAAAAGCAUGGGACCUGAGAGUUCUGACUGCUCCUUUUCUUACUAACAAGUUCAGAGAAGAAUUCAGAGACAAUGAAAAAAUGCCUCUGAAGAAAUUUUCAGAUAAGGUGGAGACAGAAUAUAAUUUGGUUCCACACAGGAGUAAGUUGGGAAGAGCUAGGAGAGCAGCAGUGAAUCAAAUAAGGGGAGUAGAUGAUGACCAAUAUAAUACUUUGUGGGACUAUGGUCAGGAGCUUAGAAGGAGCAAUCCAGGAAGCCAGUUCUUCUUGUGCACUAAGGAAGUAUUUGAUGAGAAGACAAAGAAGGUACAAGACCACUUUUCCACAUUGUACUGGUCAUAUGAUGCAUGCAAGAGGGGAUUCAUUAAGGGAUGUAGACCAAUCAUUUUCCUGGAUGGUUGUCACAUUAAAACGAGAUACAAGGGAACAUUACUAACAGCCGUUGGAAUCGAUCCCAAUGAUUGUAUCUUUCCAGUAGCAUUUGGGUUAUGUGAAGUGGAGUCAACCCAUAGCUGGGAGUGGUUCUUAGCAUCCUUAAAGGAUGACCUGAACAUAAUGAACACCUCACCAUACACAAUUAUGAGUGACAAGCAGAAGGGAUUAAUAAAUGCAGUGAAAAAGGUUUUCCCUCAUUCAGAACAUAGAAACUGUGUUAGGCACAUUUAUCAAAAUUUCCAUAAAGUACACAAGGGAGAGCAGCUCAAGAAUGAUCUAUGGUCUAUAGCAAGGUCCACUAAUGAAGCUGCAUACACCAGGAACAUGGAUCUAAUGAAAGAACACAGCUUGGGUGCCUACACCUGGGUUGAGAAAUUGGAGCCAAGAACAUGGAUCAAAGCAUUCUUUGACCCGUUUUGCAAGUGUGACAUAUUACUAAACAAUAUGUCAGAAGUGUUCAAUAGUUACAUUUUGGAUGCGAGGGAAAUGCCAAUUAAGUCAAUGUUGGACCAGAUAAUGUGAAAGCUAACAAACAGGAUUGUUGGUAAGCAGAGAGAGGCAGAGAAAUGGACAGGCAGAUUAUGUCCCAAGAUACAGAAGAAAUUGGACAAGUAUGUGGAGUGGGCAAAGAACUGCAGGGUGCAAGAGUAUGGGCAAGGUGUUUUCAAGGUUUUCUCUUUGAACAACACAUACAUUGUUGACCUGAACAUGCUUUCUUGUGAAUGCAAAAGGUGGGUACUAUCUGGCAUACCUUGCCAUCAUGCAAUUGCAUGUUUUAGGCAUGAGAGAAUUGAGCCAGAGAGCAUGGUCCAUUCAUGCUACACUGUUGAGGAAUAUAAGAAGUGUUAUGGAUUUAAUAUGAUGCCAAUGAGGGACCCACAUCAAUGGGAAAAAAUGCAUGGCAUUGCUGUUCACCCACCCCUGUACACAAAAGUAAUGGGCAGGCCUAAGAAGAACAGGAAAAAAGAUCCAGAAGAGAAGAAAGACAAGACUGGGGUGAAAAAAUUGAGCAAACAUGGUGUGACCAUGCAUUGCUCUGUUUGUGGAGCUGCUGACCAUAACAAGAAGGGCCACCACAAUCAUGUUAAUCAAACAACAACUGAGGAAACAACAAUUGAAGAAGAAUAUGACGACCCAAGCAUAAUUGCUGUACCAUCCUUUGCUUAUAUAUUUUCCCCUCUAAUCUUCAAACUAUACUUAAACAUUGAUACAUUGGCUUCACCUGUUGCAGAACAUCAUGCCACACACAGUCUACCCUCAGCUCGAUCCAACACAAACCCCUGACUCAAUGGUUUACAAGAUGCAAGAAAUGGUAAUAUAUUCAGUGACAAAAUUAUGCAGAUGUAAUUAUCAUUUAAGUGCUUACAUACCCACCUUUUUAUAUUGUACUUGUGUGAGUAGGAGAAGUUUACAUAUCUAGCACCUAGGGAAUUUACCCCCCUACCUGAGUCUAGCUUCAUUGCCAAUGCCAGAGACUCAAUUCCUAUGGUUAGAGUUACAACAGCCAUGUCAAGAGGCAGGGUGAGAAAGACUGCUAAUGAGAAAGUUGCAAGGCCAAGAAAAAAGCAGGCAAGGGAAGGCAAUAUUGCAAUAGGAAGCAAUGUUGCAACAACUGGAAGCAAUGCUCCAACAAGUGGGGCCAAUGCAAGAGGAGGUGGCAAUGCAAGAGGAGGUGGCAAUGCAAGAGGAGGGGCCAAUGCAAGAGGAGGUGGCAAUGCAAGAGGAGGGGCCAAUGCAAGAGGAGGUGGCAAUCCAAGAGGAGCAAGAGCUGCUGCUCCAGGUUUCUUCAACUUGCUAUUUGGACCCGAUGGAUCCACAAUACAUGAACCGCCACUUGUCAUGCAGGGUGAGGAGGAGGUCAUUUUUAGCCAAAAUGCACCAGGAGCUAGCCAGGAUCCUUAUCUCUAUGAUGAAGGUUGGCCUGAUUAUCUGCAUGACUUUUUGUCUUUGUAGUUUACAUUACAUGCAUCUUUAGGUGAAAGUCUGAUGGAGUUCAUGAAUGAACUUGUUGGUUUGGUGAUGGAGUUCAUGAAUGAACUUGUGGUCUCUAGUUCAGUACUUAUUUAGAAGACGAUGUGAUAACAGUUAUGUCACUUUUGGUUUGGUUCGUACGACUAAGAAACUACUUAUGUU